AUUCCCUUUGCUUACAAAGUCAGCUUCCGGCAACCACUGACUUUGUUUUCGGCCGAACGCCCGGUCAAAGGGCCAAUAUAUAAGACAUGACCCUUUACUCCCCUAGGCCUUCACAACAAUCAAAUCAAUUCGUUCUAUCAUCGUCUUCAACCAACCACCACACAUAAACCCAGAACUAGAACAACAUGGUCAAGAUCGCAAUUGCAGGUGGCGGCGGAAGUCUUGGACAGGAGGUCAUUGAUGUUCUCGUCGCUACCAAGAAGCAUGAUAUCAUCAUCCUGUCGCGUCGAGAUGCGCCAGCCGAGAAGAGCGACUCCGCCGUAACCUGGACCAAGACAAACUACUCCGUGGACGAACUUACAAGCAUCUUGCAAGGCGUCAACGUCGUCAUCUCGUUCUUCUCUCCAUCUAACGAUCAGGCUGAAGCCGAGCGAGCUCAGAAAGCCCUCAUCGAUGCGUCCAUCAAGGCUGGCGUGAAACGUUUCGCACCCAGCGAGUGGGUUACGAAGGGCGGGUACGAGAACAUGGCCGGGUACGCCUACAAGGCCAAGACACGCCGUUACCUCGAGGACAUCAACAAAGAUGGAAAGGUUCUUGAAUACUGUCUCUUCCAACCCGGGCUCUUCAGCAACUACCUCACUUUUCCACAUCAAACCUACAAGCACAUCACACCGAUUGAGAUGGUCUUCGACUUUCAGAAUCGAAGAGCACUCAUCCGAGACGGCGGCGAAGAUGACCACAUAGUCUUGACGACGGCUCAGGAUGUCGCAAAUGUAGUUGCCCGCGCUGUCGAGUUCGAGGGCGAAUGGCCUGUUGAGGGUGGUAUGCGGGGCUCCAGAUUGUCCGUUCGCGAACUCGUUGUUCUUGGAGAGAAGAUACGUGGAGGACCCUUUGACGUUGAAAAACUGAAGAUGGAGGACCUGCGAAGCGGGAAUUGCACGAGCUCAUGGCUUCCCGUAGCCGGGCAUCCUUCGAUUGCACCUGAAGACAAGGAAGCGGCAGCGAAGAUGAUUACCGCUGGCAUGUUGUUGAUGAUCGGGACACAAUCUUUUGAUUGCGGCGACGAGUGGAACCGACUUCUGCCGGACUACAAGUUCACGUCUGCGGAGGAGUUCUUGGCGCGUGUAUGGAAAGAGGGUAAAUGGUAGCCGUUGCGGGUCGGUAAUCCAUACAGCGGGAGAGAAAGCUACC